AUGUCUGACGAUUUAGUGUACAAUGCUAGGCUGGGAGAGGCUCUUCUGAGAAACGAUGGGGUUGUUGUCGAAGAGACUGUUUCUGAUCAAAUAUCUGAUCAGAUCUCUGAGAUCGACUCUAAAAAGCCCAGCGAAUUCUCUGGCUCCCCUGUUGUUCUGGAUGAAGACCCAUAUUUGGCGUGGAAUUCUGACUCGAAAACGCCGAUAAGUGCCGAACAAAUAUGGGAGAUCUUUGAGAAAUUAAAGGACAUGUUUGGAUUUCAGCGAGAUUCCGUGCUGAACAUGUACGACCAUCUAAUGGUACAGCUUGAUUCGCGAGCUAGUAGAAUGACUUCUGCGAGAAGUUUGCUUUCGUUGCAUGCGGACUACAUUGGCGGCGAACACUCUAACUACAGGAAAUGGUACUUCGCUUCUCAUCUCAAUCAACCAGGUGAGAUCUAUACGGGGAAACAGCCUAAAGACACUAGCAAUGGAGCGGUGAAGGAUUCCAUCUACGACGAGUUCGAUACUCUCACCUUGAAACCACUCGAAAUGGCAGAGUACAAAUGGAAGUGGAAAAUGGGCCAAUAUUCUCCUGAAGAUAUGAUACAUCAUUUGGCACUCUAUCUGCUAAUAUGGGGCGAGUCUAACCAGGUAAGGUUCACGCCAGAAUGCUUGUGCUUCCUAUUUAAGUGUGCCUGGGAUCAUAUGGACUACAUCAGGUUUAAGGAAACCCAGGGUGUCGAAACAAAUUAUCCAGAAUAUGAUUUUCUGAACAGAUAUGUGACUCCAUUGUACAAUUUCAUCAGGGACCAACAACUAAAGUUCAAACAGGGACGAUGGGUGAGAAGAGAGAAAGAUCACGACCGAACGAUCGGCUACGAUGAUGUCAACCAGCUUUUUUGGCAUUCUAAGGGUAUCUCUAGAUUGGUCCUUGAUGACGGUUCGAAGCUUUUGUCAUAUGACCCUCAUCUGAGGUAUUCCAAACUUGCGUUUGUGCGGUGGGAUAAGGCGUUCUACAAGACAUAUAAAGAGCGGAGGUCAUCAUGGCAUUUAGCAACCAACUUCAGCAGGAUAUGGAUCAUCCACAUCUCAGUGUUUUGGUAUUACUACUGCUUCAAUUCUCCAACAUUUUACACUAAGGACUACUCACUGAGAUCGAAUAGUCAGCCAACGCCUCAAGCUCAGCUCUCGGCUUGUUCGUUAGCAGGCGCUCUUGCGUGCAUCAUUCAGCUCACCGCUACUGUGUCUGAAUGGGCGUUUGUUCCGCGACAAUGGCCAGAUGCAAAUCACGUUUUUUUGCGGAUCAUCGCUAUCCUCUUUAUUUUGGCAUUGAAUGUUGGUCCUUCAGUUUACAUUUUCGGUUUCAACAAGUUGGAUGCGCAAACCCAGGUUGGCUUUACAAUAUCUGUGGCUCAGUUUGUGUUCUCGAUUAUUACAACACUCUACUUUUCCUUCCAAACUCCCCAAAACUUGUUCAGCCCGUUUAGGAGAAGAGGGAGCUUGCAAAAUGCUACCCAUGAUGCCUUCAGUGCAUCAUUUCCCAAAUUGACUAACAAAUCACGAAUUCUCUCCUGCGGCCUGUGGUUGACUGUAUUUGGUGCCAAGUUCCUGGAGUCUUACAUUUUCUUAACCCUCUCUUUAAGGGAUUCAAUCAUAAGUCUCUCGUUGAUGGAUAUGAACCGCUGUACAGGUGAGGCUUUCUGGGGAAACAUCUUCUGCCGUCAACAGGCAAGGGUUGUUUUGGUUCUGAUGUACGGAACAGACUUCAUACUGUUUUUCCUCGAUACCUAUCUAUGGUAUAUCAUUUGCAACUGUGCUCUGUCUGUUGCUCUGGCGUUUUCUUCUGGAAUUUCAGUUAUGUCACCAUGGAAGAAUGUCAUCUCGAGGUUGCCACAACGAAUAUACUCCAAGCUGCUGAGAACUCAUGAUAAAGACUACCGCCCAAACUUGCUCAUUUUCCAAAUAUGGAAUGCGAUUAUGCAUUCAAUGCAUCGUGACCACCUGAUAUCACGCGAGCAUCUAGCGAGGUUAUUGUUCACUCAAACUACUAACGAACAAGGCGAGAUUGAGGUCAAGGUUCCAUCCUUUUUCGUUAGUCAGGGUGACACAUCGAAGACAUUCAAUUACUUUUUUGCCAACUCUGAAGGAGAAAGGCGUAUUUCAUUCUUUGCACAAUCCUUAUCCACACCGAUACCUGAGCCUGGUCCCAUCAAUGAGAUGCCUACUUUCACCGUUCUCAUACCUCACUAUGAAGAGAAAGUCAUCCUUUCUUUGAAAGAGAUUAUCAGAGAGGAUGAAAACUCAAGGAUCUCACUGCUGGAGUAUUUGAAAGAGUUGUACAAAUCAGACUGGGAUUGCUUUGUUGAAGAUAGCAAGUUCGUUGCUACUGCGGCUCCAGUUGACAAGGAUCUAGAUGAAGCUUGCAACAAUGAUGAUUUGCCUUUUUAUUGUGUUGGGUAUAAGUCUUCAUCUUCUGAGUUUACACUCAGGACCAGAAUCUGGGCAUCUUUACGGACUCAGACGCUUUACCGAACUAUCUCGGGUUUCAUGAACUAUUAUAUCGCUAUCAAGCUCCUAUGCGGCGUGGAGAAUUCUGAGAUCUACCGCAAUACCGAUGAUAGCAAGCUGAAACCAUACCUAGAGGCAUUUGUCAAAAGAAAAUUCAGGCUCGUUGUUUCCAUGCAAAAAUAUCAGAAAAUGACCAAGCUGGAGAAAGACGAUAUAAGGCACCUGGCCCAAGCAUUUCCUCACCUAAACAUUGUGAGUUUGGAGCAGGAGAAGAAAGGAGAUGGGGAGGAAAUAACAUACUUCUCCACUCUAUAUGGUUGCUCUGAAACAGAUGCAGAUGGUAUGCCCAAAAUGAUUUACAAGGUGCAACUAUCUGGAAAUCCCAUUUUGGGGGAUGGAAAAGCUGACAACCAAAAUAUGUCUUUGAUCUACUACAGGGGAGAAUACAUACAAGUGAUUGAUGCAAAUCAAGACAACUAUCUUGAGGAAUGCUUGAAGGUGAGGUCUGUUUUGUCAGAAUUUGAAGGGAAAGCAAAGUCAUUUGUUCAUCCGUAUGCACUUGGCUGUUUCUGGGAAAGCGAACCUCCGGUUGCAAUUGUUGGUGCCAGGGAGUAUAUCUUUUCAGAGAAUACGGGUAUAUUGGGAGAUGUAGCUGCCGGGAAAGAGCAGACCUUUGGCACUUUGUUUGCGAGAACUUUGGCACAGAUUGGUGGAAAAUUGCACUAUGGUCAUCCUGAUUUUUUGAAUGCAAUCUUCAUGACCACGAGGGGAGGGAUUUCUAAGUCGCAGCGAGGCCUGCAUCUCAAUGAAGACAUCUACGCCGGUAUGAUGGCACUUCUUAGGGGUGGACGCAUAACUCACUGCGAUUACUACCAAUGCGGCAAAGGGAGAGACCUUGGCUUUGGCUCAAUUUUGAAUUUCACUUCGAAGAUUGGCGGAGGUAUGGGAGAACAGAUGCUGUCACGAGAAUACUACUAUCUGGGAACAAGACUUCCUUUGGACAGAUUCUUGUCCUUCUACUAUGCACAUCCUGGCUUUCAUUUGAACAACAGAUUCAUCAUGCUCUCGCUACAGCUGUUCAUGCUUGUGUUGAUGAACCUGGGAGCAUUGGCUCAUGAAUCCAUAGUGUGUCGAUGGGAUAAGAAUAUGGCAAUUACAGCAGAGCCUCAACCUCUAGGAUGUUAUAAUCUUGUUCCUCUAUACCACUGGAUUUCAAGGUUUGUGAUUUCCAUUUUCAUCUGCUUUUUCAUCUCUUUCUGCCCUCUUGUCGUUCACGAGUUAACAGAACGUGGUGCCAAAAAGGCCAUCACACGUCUGAUGUCCCACUUUAUGUCGCUUUCCCCCCUGUUCGAGGUUUUCGUUUGCCAGAUAUACUCCAACUCACUGCAGAGCGUCCUCGUCUUUGGAGGGGCUCGCUAUAUGGCUACGGGGAGAGGAUUUGCAAUUUCAAGAAUCCCCUUCUGUUCACUAUACUCCAACUACGCACCCUCAUCAAUCUUCACAGGUAUACGCCUCUGUCUGGUACUUCUGUUUGCCACGGUGUGUCUCUGGCAGUAUUCGAUAAUGUGGUUCUGGAUCACCGUUGUCUCCUUGUGUUUUUCUCCCUUCUUCUUCAACCCACAUCAGUUCGUCUGGAACGAGUUCUUUUUGGACUAUCGGGAGUUUCUGCGAUGGCUGACUAGAGGUAAUUCCCAAUGGCAUGCCAGUUCAUGGAUUCAGCAUACAAGGCUAUCGAGAUCCAGGUACACAGGUUUCAAGAGAGGGAAACUACGAGGUGAUGACGGCCAAAUUCAACCAUCUCAAGACCGACGCAGAGCUCCUUUUGCAAACAUUUUAGUCGCUGAAGUUCUCGCACCUCUGGGCCAGUCGAUCUUCAUGUUCACUGCUUACACCUUCAUCAAUGCACAGAAUGGAGUGAAAGAACCAGAGGUUGUCAAUUCCGUUGUGCGUAUGGCAAUACUCGUGAUCGUACCUAUUCUGAUCAACAUCCUAGUCUUGUUAUUGAUCUUCCUAGUGUCAUGUCUUUUAGGGCCGUUGCUGUCGUAUUGUUGCAAUCGGACCGGCACUGUCUCAUCCUUUGUUGCCCACGGCAUUGCUGUUCUGGUUCAUGCGAUUUCCUUUGAGCUUACGUGGGUACUUGAAGGGUGGGACUUCAGCCGAGCUUUGUGUGCAUUUAUCUGCUGCGUUUGCAUCCAGCAGUUAUUGUUUCGCUCUGUCGUUGUGCUUCUAUUAACGAGAGAGCUCAAACAGGACUCAGUCAAUAGGGCAUGGUGGUCUGGGAACUGGGCGAAGGCUGGGAUUGGAAUUUUCGUGAUUAGCCAACCUUUUCGCGAACUGCUUGUUAAGACCAUAGAAAUGAGCCUCUUUGCGGCAGACUUUACGCUGGGCCACGCGCUGCUGUUUUGUCUCAGUCCGAUACUAUUUGUGCCGUGGAUAGACUCAUUGCACACGCGAUUGCUCUUUUGGAUGAAGAACACGGGCCCGUUGCGUGGUCGGAUUUACAGUCCAAAAAAAACUAGGUUGCGGCGCAAAAGAGUGCGGCUUCACGCGAUGUUGUUCUUUACUAUACUCGCGGUAUUUAUUGCGUUGGUGCUGGUGCCGGUGAUAGUUGGUCACACCAAAUUCGUAGACUAUGAUCUGCCAGAUCGGGGGUUGGGUUUGAUUCAGCCGCACCGGCAGAAUAAUAACGAUACUGGGUCGCAGUUUGUGGUGAAAGACUAG